AGCUCACAAGUCAUAUGAUCGAUUCGUGAUUAUCGUCAGCCCAAAUCACUUGUCCCCUCGUCUUCUCCGAGUGCAAAGAUGGCUAGCCAGACCCAGGGUAUCCAGCAGCUCCUGGCAGCUGAAAAGAAAGCAGCGGACAAGGUCACAGAAGCUAGAAAACGCAAAGCUCGUAGAUUGAAGCAGGCAAAGGAGGAGGCUCAAGAGGAGAUUGAAAAGUACAGACAAGAACGAGAGAGGCAGUUCAGGGAGUUUGAAGCCAAGCACAUGGGCUCCAAAGAGGAUGUCGCUGCACGGAUUGAUGCAGACACCAAAAUCAAGAUUGAAGAGAUGAACAAAGGUGUCUCCGGUCACAAGGAUAAGGUGAUACAGGAGAUUCUGCAGUUGGUGUACAACAUCAAGCCAGAAUUGCACAAAAAUUACCAGAUCGAAGCCUAAGCCACGAAAAGCCUCACAAACCAACCUAAUAAUAUAAAUAAAUAGAAAGAAAAAUAUAAAAUUAUCACAAUAUUACAUGUAAAUUAAAUAAUACGCCUCUUAUCUCAUAUCUUUCCAGAGGAUAUCUAUCGUCGUUGAUUUAUUGUAUUUCAAAAGUAAAUACCAUAUAAUGUUAUUGAAUUGUACACUUAUUAGUCUAGCCAGUAAAACUCAAACUCUAGUGAAUGAACCAUGCAAUACAAUAAUUAAAAAACUAUAACUAUUACCCCAUAGCACACAGUGGCUUCAUCCAAGUCUUCAAAGACAAUAAAAAAAUCAUCAGUUUAGUCGCUUAAAAAAAUUUUUGUGUGAAACAAUGAGUUGACGGUUUGAGUAUUACUGUUAGUUAAUUAAGUAAUUAAAAGGAUUAUAUUAUAAAUGUAAUUGUCAAACGAAAAAUUAUCGCCUCCACGUGUCAAGGCCUAGACAUGUUUGGAGAAGAUUUUCGAUCGUUGAAGAAGAUAUGAAUUUGUUUUUCAUCAAUUUUAUGCAGCUCCAGAAAAAUUUCAACGUUUAAAUGAAUCCAAAGACCUUCAGGUCAAGCAAAAUCAAUUAAAAUUAAUUAUUUUAAUUGAACUUGUACGCAGUUUUCAAAAGUGCAAUGACGUUUUUUAGUGAAACAUUUUUAUGUUUAUAUUCAUAAAAAGAGUUUCAUAUCUUCUUCCAAAUAAAAAAAUUCAUUUAAUGUUUCAAUUAAGGUGGUGGCUAUAGGAUCAUGUAUCUAGAUGAAUGUUGUUACAUUAGGCUUCAUUCCAUGUUUUUCUGUUACUACGAGGACAAUUCUAAAUCAAGUACACGAUUUUUUAUGGUACAGCCUCCCUGGAUUCUCGUCAGCUCCCAAUACUCGAGGAUCUCGUGACGAUGUACCCUUAAUCCGACUCUUUCCGUUUUAAUGUUAAUGAAUUAUUGAUAAAAAAUGGGGACAUUUCUCUGAAUCGUGUGUGCAUCUGUAUGAGCCGACUGUCUGUACAGUAUUAGCAUCGAAAUAAAUGAUUUAAAAAUA